AAAUGCGGUUUUUAUCGACAGGAAUUUUACUUGUACUCUGCAGUUAUGGUGGAUUUUCCGAGGCUGGUCCCCUUGGAUCUCUGCAAUUCGGAAGCAGUGGAAUACAAUUCGGAAGCCUCCAACAGCCCCAACUCGCCGAGAGCAUCGUAGAUUGGUUGAGAGACAUGAAAACACGAAUAUUCGAUAAUCCUUCUGCACUUCCGGACCUCACGAGAAUCAUCGGCACGACAAGAGACAGUUAUGAGCAACAGAAAAAGUUCCUGGAUAAACUGAUCGUCGAUAUGUCAAAUGUUGCUUUCAACCCUGAAAAAGACUGGGGGUUUCGGUUAGGCCACUGGUACCUCAUCAGGAAAGAGUCAGACGACGUGAUGUCAUCAUUCUGGAACCUGGUGCGUCCCAGGAGUCCUCCAGAAUCCACGACUGGCGAUUCCUGGCUUGAGUUCGAUUUCGAUAAAACUGAUAUUCCAUCUUCUUUCAAUACAAUCAUCCCUAUUGAGCCUACUACAGUCGAAGAGAAAAUUCCUGAAACUACGGGAAGUCGAGACUCUAAGGAUAAUGAAACUAAUGAUCCAUCUGCUGAGGUAAUUGCCCCAAACGAUUCGUGAAAAUGCAGAGAUAAAUCGUGGAAAUGAAGGGAAAAUGCAAAGAUUUGAGAAUGAAAGGGAAUUAUUGAAUACAAAUAUUUGAAAAAAAAAUGGAAAUGAUUCGGGGUAAAUCGGAGGGGGGGGAGUGAUACUAUAUAUUUACCUGAUUCGGCAUUCAAAUUAGUUCAUUGAUGGACGUCAGAUUGAAAUUUAAAAAAAUAUAUAGCUCCAAGUUAUGGUACAAUGAAACGGGGAUAAUCAUAUUCAUAAAUGAUAAUUACCGUUAAAUUUUGACCCCGUGAUUUAUUUAAUAUCACUCUUAAACUUUUAAUUAUU